AAUCCCCACCAAUAGUUAGUUGGAACGUGACUUGCGAGUACUUCUAACACACCUGACUUUAUUUGUUUGUGUAGACUGUCACUGUAUAUUAACAAUGUUGUCAACCUUAGGAAUUCUCCGAUCGUCGAUGUUUCGAAGCAAUAUGACUGUUGGGCGUUCAUUCCAGCAAGUUGCACGGAUGUUUGGGCAGCUUCAGUGUCCAAGAUGUCUCAGAAUUCUUCCUGUUCAAGGCACAAGACAAAUGAGCCAGACCUUGACGAAACAGAUAAAGCCAUCAAAACCAAUAUUUGCCAGAUUUAAUUUGGUAAAUCUGAUUCAGAGGACAACAACUCAGGCCCAGUUUUCGGACAUCAGUCCACAGGCUCAGAAGAUUGUCGGGUGGUGGCUCAUGGGGUGCGCUGUCAUGUGCUUUGGUGCAGUUGUCCUGGGAGGAGUCACCAGACUCACAGAAUCGGGACUGUCAAUGGUUGACUGGCGUCUGAUAAAAGACAUGAGACCACCUCGGAAUGAACAAGAAUGGGAAGAAGAGUUUGAAAACUACAAAAAGUUUCCAGAAUAUCAAUAUUUUUCCAGUCGGAGAGAAGUGACCCUUUCUGAUUUCAAGUUUAUAUUCUACAUGGAAUGGUUCCACAGACUUUGGGGACGCACAACUGGCCUUGUUUUUGCUCUACCGGCUAUUUUCUUUUGGAAAAAAGGUUGGAUUGCCCAGCAGAUGAAAAAACGCAUUGUUAUAUAUGGUGCUUUGAUUGGAUUUCAGGGAUUUAUGGGCUGGUAUAUGGUGAAGAGUGGGCUUAAAGAUGACAUUGAUAUUCCCAGAGUGAGCCAGUAUCGACUUUCUGUUCACCUUGGCACGGCAAUUUUCCUCUACAGUCUUUUCCUCUUUGGAGCAUUGGGACAUUUGUCCAAGCCUGGAUUGCUCGCAUCAACCAAGCAAAUCAGCAAACUGCGAGGGAUGGCUCAUGGCGUCAUGACCAUGGCUGUGGUCACUGCCAUUUCCGGUGCCUUUGUGGCGGGACUAGAUGCAGGUCUGACAUAUAAUUCUUGGCCCAAGAUGGCUGACAAGUGGUUCCCAGAUGACCUGUGGGCUAACACCCCAAAGUGGAAAAAUAUCUUUGAAAAUCCAACUACAGUUCAGUUUAUUCACAGACAUCUUGCUGAGGCAACAAUAAUAUUUAUUGGUUUCUUCUGGUGGGUGUGCCGCAAAUCUCCAGUUCCACAGAGGGUCAAGUUGGCCGCUUCCUGUUGUUUGUGGAUGAGUGUACUGCAGGCAGCACUGGGUAUUUCGACUCUACUGAUGUACGUCCCCACACACCUGGCUGCAACACACCAGGCAGGCUCUCUCGUGCUGGUCGGAUUUGGCACAUGGCUGGCACAUGAACUGAAACGACUGCCCAAAAUCUAACUCUUCAGCAAAACAUGUAGUUCUGUCAAUGUCACUACAAUCUUCAAGAUUUGUAUCAGCUUUUGUGCUUAUUAAACAUUUGGACUCCGCUUCAUCUCUCACUAUAUAGACCAGGUGUCAGUAUAACCAUAAUUAUGUUAAACAUUAAAUAACCAUAGACUGAAAAUGAGCUGAAGUGAUCCAUAACAAACUGUUUUUUUCUUUCUUUAUCAAUCAAGCUCUGAAGUCUUGAUUUGAGUGCGGUUGAAAAUGAACUUUGGAUCCAGGCUCGGAAGAUUUGUUGUCGGAAAUGCAAAGCAAAAUGUGUUUCAUAAAUGUGUGUAACUAAAUCGUGUACUUUUUCUUACACUGUAUUAAAGGAUCUGAAUGUU